AUGGUCAAUUCAAGCUUCUGUCGUGUCUCAGGCGAGCUCUUCCCAGCCCGGCACGCGCUCAGAUCUGCCAGACCGCGGCGAGUGGGAUUUAGGCCGGUCCAUGUCCAACCAUGCGCAUGUGACAUGCAUCCCGCUGAGAAGCAUGCCUUGUAG